AUGGAUAAGAAAUCCAAUUUCUUCAAUGUGUUAGUAGUUGAUGAUGAUCACAUUAACAGAAACAUAUUUGAAAAAUACUUUUCUAAAAUGUCAUCAUCAUCCUCAACAUCUACUAAAUCCUCAUCCUCAUUGGUUUUCAAAGUUACUACUGUUGAGUCUGGAAACGAUGCUCUUGACAAACUUCUGCCUGACAAUAUGUUGUUUCAACUUGUUGUAACGGACUACGAAAUGCCGUCAAUGACGGGUUACGGGUUACUGAAAACUAUCAAAGGAAAGCCAUCACUGAGAAACAUUCCUGUCGUGGUGAUGUCUUCUGAGAAGAAAUUUUCAGAUGAAUGCUUAAAGGCCGGGGCACUCAAGUUUAUAGAAAAACCAGUUAAGUUUCUUGAUGUUGAAACUCUUCUGACACAACUAAGUUCCUAG